GACGAAUAUUAUUAGGGUUUUGGUGCUCUCUACUUCCGCCUUCAAGCUCUCACACACAGAGUCAAACGAGAGCUGCUCGGAGCAUCAAAGAUCCCAAAACCUUAGCCAUGUCGCUGGUUGCGAACGAAGAGUUCCAGCACAUUCUGAGAGUGCUGAACACCAACGUCGAUGGGAAGCAGAAGAUAAUGUUCGCCAUGACCUCCAUCAAAGGUAUCGGCCGCCGUUUGGCCAAUAUCGUCUGUAAAAAAGCCGAUGUUGACAUGAACAAGAGAGCUGGUGAGCUGUCUGCUGCUGAGAUUGAUACCCUCAUGAAUAUUGUUGCGAAUCCUCGCCAGUUCAAAAUUCCGGAUUGGUUUUUGAACAGGAAGAAGGAUUACAAGGAUGGGAGGUAUUCACAAGUUGUUGCCAAUGCGUUGGACAUGAAGCUGAGAGAUGAUCUCGAGCGGUUGAAGAAGAUCAGAAACCACCGUGGUCUUCGUCAUUACUGGGGUCUUCGCGUACGUGGGCAGCACACAAAGACUACUGGUCGCAGGGGAAAGACCGUUGGUGUUUCCAAGAAGCGAUAAUCUGCUUGCAUUUAACCCUCUUCUUAUGGCCCUUUUUGGAUUUAACUUGAAAUUUUUGCUUCUUUAGUACAUCGAGCAAUAGUAUUCCUUUUGAUGUUUCAUAUUUGGAAUUGUUUCGCGGUUGCAUUUUGUAUUUUUUAUUCUUCAUAUAUUCUUUCCAUUGCAAUGAUUAACUUGUGUUUCUUCU